AUGGGCUUCAAGUCGCCCGUGGUCCGCGAGGCACAGCUUCUCGGGAACCAAGAUGGAUCUGGAGAUGAGAAGAAGAACCUAAUGGAUUCGUUUGUUUGGCUUCAAUCCAAAGACAAGCAGUGCAGACACAAACACGGAUGGAAGCCGCUAACUCUAAGCGCGUCGGUACUUUUCUGCUUCGCUCUCGCGUCCUUCACAUUAGCCGUCAUCAUCGAAAUUCUGGCACAGCAAAGCAAGAAGAACGGGGGACUUGCCCUUUCUCCCACGCUAGACGACAUCCCCAGUUACGCGAAGUUCGCCUAUCUUUUCUUACCCACGAUUGUUGCCGUCAUAUACAGCUUGCUAUGGAGUUGGAUCGACUUGGAUGUAAAGCGGAUCCAGCCAUGGCUGGAAAUGUCACGACCGGAGGGCGCCACGGCAAUGCGAUCGAUCUUCUUAGAUUAUCCGUACGACUUCGUUGCCUUUGCGCCCAUCAAGGCGGCUAGGAGACGUCACUGGGCUGUCUUCUACAGUGGGUUGGUGAUGGUCAUAAUCUUCUGGUUGAUAACUCCGCUUCAGAGUGCAAUACUCGGCAGUGGACCAGUCAACGUUCGAAGGGAGGUCAUCGUGUCUAGCUCCCAAGCAACUCUCCCCGGAUCUGAACAGGUAUACUCGAUGGACCAGUCCAUACUCAACGAAGGCUAUGCCAUCACCUGGUUGAAGCAGUCUCUACCUCCUUUCACCACUUCCGAGUACACACUUUUACCAUUUGCGGUGGAAAGCGACACAUCUCAGGCCAGAUUGACCAACUGGACGGGAUCUACAGUCAAGUACUGGACCGAACUUGAGUGUUGGCCAGCCGCAUCUUUUUACAACAAGCCGGAUUACGACUUCCUUGACGGUCGUGGCUGCAACGCCAGCGAGGUUCCUGCUUUGAACGUCAACCCUGUUCCCGGCGCGCCUUUCAAGAUGCAGUACUUCGGCUACCAUCCUAGCGACUGGGCUGAUUACUGGUUGUCCAUGGCGUGCUCCAAGUCUACGAUACAUCAGUUCUUGGCUGUAUGGGCUCGUUAUGAGACCGAGCGGGAGGUUGUUGGGGCUUUCUGCGAGACAAACUACUUCAAACAGCAGGUCAAUGCCACCGUUUCCGCGAGUACCAAGGAGCCAGUCGAGGGCAGCGUUGUUCCGACAGGUCCCAGGGAAAAGCUCUUGCCGACUGAGUUCAACUCAUCUUCAUUCGAACAUCUCCUUGGCGCCGGGGUUUCGCCUGUCGAGAUUUCUGUCCAACGAGAUCUUCCUUUCAACCACUUACUCGAGCAACAUUAUCAGAUUGGACAUUUUGGGCUUGAUUGGCCUUCAUCGCCGCUCGUGGGUUUUGCCAUAGGUUUGGCCUGGAAGACACAUAACAUCACAACGCUUGAUGUAUUCCGAAACGAGACUUUAAUGGGCCAAGCUUAUAACAUGACGCACCAGCUACUUUUUUCUCUCGCAUUCCGUCGUAUGCUCAACGCCUCAGAAGAAAGCACGACCCCGGGCACCAUGGAAUUUGAGCAGUAUGGAAUCAUUGUCAGUCGUCUAUACUCUGCGGUGGUGGAGGGCUUGUUAGCUGUGGUUGGGCUGUUCUCCGUGCUUUUGUGGUGGCAUGGCAAAAGGGCACCAAGUCGACUCUCGAUGGAUCCAGCUUCGUUGGGAUCGCUCAUCAGCAUUUGCCAAAAUAGUUCUGUGCUACUGGAUAAGUUCACCGGAAUGGGAUGCUUCACCGACGAGAAGCUUCGAGAUUCCUUCGACGGUACCAUGCUCUACCUCUCGUGCGGUUGCCAGAGUCGUUCUGGGCAAACAGUCAUCCAAGUCGUCGACAGUAGGGCCGAGUUUGUCGAAAGUCAGCGCAUCAGCCUACCCGAUGCCGAUUCUGCCUAUUCAAUGGGGCAUUAUUCGCCCUACAAACCCUUGGCUUUGCGACGAGAGGUUGGCGCUGCAGUGACAUUGUCCAUGGUUGGAGCAGUCGUUGCACUUGUGUACCUGAAAAUGGUGGAGCGUCGCAUCGACGGUCUCCUCCGACCAACAACGAACUUCGAAGUUCUUCAGAUCCUUGAGAACUACAUCCCUACCAUCUUCGCAACAUUGUUAGAACCAUUUUGGGUAUUGGUCAAUCGACUUCUUUGCAUCCUUCAACCUUUUCGAGACCUAUGGUCUGGUCAACGACCCGGCAAAGGCUCUAUCAACUCCAGGUAUACAUCCGUACCCCCACAAUUCGUACUCUGGCGAGCAGCGAAGUCGGGCCACAUUGUUCUUGUCGCAAUCUGCCUGGUGGCUCUUCUUUCGAAUCUUCUCGCUGUUGGCCUCGGUGGUCUUUUCAACGAACGCCCGAUCACUGUCAACACUUCCUGCGAUUUUCGCCAAAGGAUGAAGCCGACUUUCAACAAUGACUCAAUCCUGAGCCACGAAUCUUGGCGAUUUUUCAGCGCAAACGUCAUCACUUACGAGGUGCCAUUCUGGAUAGCGAUGAACAAUUUGUCGCAAGGGACUCCCCUCCCACCUUGGGUCAACCACGAGUACUACUUCCAACCGUUCUCGGCCAUUUCGGACGAGCUAAGUAGAACAGAAUCGUUUACAGCUCGAACCAGAGGAUUCGGAGUGGUGCCUUCCUGCUCCGCUAUGGACAUGAUGAAGAGUAAAGUCUUCGCUCCCGUGAUGAACUACACGAUCGCCCGGGAAGGCGUGUCGAACUGUUCCAGCACCAUUCAAAUGGAUGAACUGAACCUGGACAGAACCCUGUAUCCAGUCGAUCCAUUCGGGCCAAGCACUGCCGAGGCCGUGAAAGUGUUCUCCGGUCAAGGGCCACUGUCGCCCUGCCAGGUACCGCUCGUUUUCAGCUGGUUUAGAAGCCCAGACAUAAGACGAAAGAAUGAGAGCACGAUGGAGACUUGGUCCAUUGUCUGCGAACCGAUCUUCACCACGAGCAUGUUUGACGUCACUGUAGACACCGAUGGCUACGUUCUCAACGCCGUUCAAGCAUCCGAACCGUCGACCAGGCUCGAUGAUCCCCUCACGACCAACAACACCGACGUGAUAUCGAUCUAUCUCAACAACCUCGUCCGCGAUAAUGCGAGAAUACAUUGGCACAACAACACCUACGCAAGCGAUUGGAUGAACUAUUUGCUCAAGAUACGACCGGAAACCGCCGACAUCCUCCAACCGCUCUCGACCCCGAACACCACUGCCCUCCUCCCUCCCAUCGAAUUCACCUACCGCCAGCUCUACGCCCUCUUGCUCAGCCAGAAACCGGAGUGGUUUAACAAUUUCACCGAGCCCGUCACGAUCACCGGGACCCGCCGCAGCUCUGACACUCGCAUCUUCAUGGACGACGUCGCGCUCGCCAUCAGCGUGACAGUGUUGGGUCUCAACAUCAUCGUGGCCAUCGCACUCUAUGGCGGUUCGAUCAACCACUUCCUACCGCGCCUCCCGACGACCAUCGGCUCCCUGCUCGCCUACGUCGCGCCCAGCAGGAUGCUGCGGGAGUACGACGGACCGAACAGCCUUGAGGCGACGACCUUCAGCUUCGGACGAUACGUCGGCGACGACGGGCACGCGCACGUAGGCAUCGAAAUGGACCCCUUUGUCGUGCGGGUGAAACUGUCGGCGUUGAAGAAGGGCGAUACGGAACCGAGAACGGGGCUCGCCAGGCGGGUUCUGGGCCGCAGGAAGCCACGGCGCGGGGAUACGUGGUUAUGA